AUGUCGGGAUUGUGGGGUUGGCGUCUCCAGACUGCAGGGAGUGGGAUGUCACAGACAAAUGUGUGCUGUCAGUACUCCCAUCUGGGGCAGGAUACUGUCAUUGUUCAUGUCUACGUGAUCCCUGCAUUUACAUGGACGCUCUCAUUGGGUAUUAUCCUGGGCCAAGUCAUCAUUCAGCCCAUCACGUCACUGCUGACGCUCCUCAAAGGAAUCCUGCUGGUUAUUACCGUGUCCGUGACAUUUGUUGUGGGUUCAGAAGUUCACCAAGAGACCACGAAUGACUUCACCCAAAUCGGGAAACCUUUUCUAAUGGGAACAGUAGCUCUCGGUGGGAUUGUCAACGUCAUGCCUUUUUUAUUUUCUGAAAUCUCCCAUGUUAAAACACAGGUCUUAUGGUUCAGAAGAGCUGUACUAGGGGGACUUGCCACAUGCACACUCUUAAAUAUAUUAUGGCUGCACACUUUAGGGAGUGGAGGAGGAGCCAACUGA